AUGGGAUUGGCAGGAAAUAAAGCGAAACAGCAAAUUGGGGCUGAUCCAAGAAACUCUAAAUGGGCAAAAAACAAGGAUCGUAAAGGAUACAAAUUGCUUGCUUCCUACGGUUGGCAGGAUGGAAAUGGCCUUGGUCAGCAACAACACGGUCGAAUUCAUAAUAUUAAAGUGUCCUUGAAAGAUGAUACACUUGGUAUUGGAGCUAAACCUUCCAAUGACACAGAGUGGAGCGGGUUAGGUGAAUUUAAUGCUAUUUUUGGAAGAUUGAAUGGUGACGAAAAUGCCUACGGUAUGUCUGCUGAAAAAGCAAAGCAGCAGAAACAAAUUGAUCAACGAAAGAAUGCUCAGGAAAAAAAUCUUCGAUCUCUCGAGCUGGCACGCCGAUUUGUUCUGGGUGAUUGGAUGAAGAAAGCAGCUGAAGAUGAAAACAGAAUCGCUGAAGCGAGCUCUGACAACGAAGAUGAAAACUCUUCUAAGAAGCCAGACACAAAAAAGAAGAAAGAAAAGAAGCAUAAGCGCUCGUCUUCGAAGAAGAAAGACGAUGAAGAGAAAAGGAAAUCUUCCAAAAAGGAGAAGAAAGAUUCCAAGGAGAAAAAGAAAAGAAAAGAAAAGAAAGAUUCCUCCAAGAACUCAACGACAAAGUCUGACAGAAAAGAACAAAAGAAACUUAAACGGAAGAGGAAGCAUACUUCCUCUUCCGCUUCUUCUGAGUCAGAGGACGAAGAUGUGGAUACCAAAGGCUCGUCUCGUAAGAAGCCCACAAAUGUACAUUUUCACACUCGAAGAAAAUUUCUUGCUCAGAAGCGUGCUGCAGUCAGUGAUCCCACUGCACUACGUGAAAUUUUGGGAAUUAAGGGUUAA